UGAGGGUCUCAGGACAGAGUUAGGUGCUUACAAGAUGAUCGUGUCUCCUGGAUAAUCUGGGGAGACCUCAGCUGGGCAGCCCCUCUCCUAAACCAGAAGCCUUCAUCACCUACUUUCCCAUGCGGCCACAUACACAGAAAUGACUGAUCCCUUCUGUGUUGGAGGAGGCCGCCGGCUCCCAGGGUCCACCAAGAGUGGACCUGGGAAGGAUGGAGGCCGGAACGAAGUCCGACUUCCUGUUCUGCAUGACCCACCAAAACUGGGGAUGCCGGUGGUCCGGGGUGGGCAGACAGUGCCCAGCCAGGGCCCACUCUGCUUUGAUCCAGGAAGUCCAGCCAGUGACAGGACAGAAGGGAAGAAAAAGGGGCGUCCGAAAGCCGAGAACCAGGCCCUCCGAGACAUUCCUCUCUCCCUGAUGAACCAGUGGAAAGAUGAAUUCAAGGCGCACUCAAGGGUGAAGUGUCCAAAUUCAGGGUGCUGGCUGGAGUUCCCCAGCAUCUACGGGCUCAAGUACCACUACCAGCGGUGCCAAGGGGGUGCCAUCUCAGAAAGGCUGACCUUUCCCUGCCCCUUCUGUGAGGCUGCAUUCACCUCCAAGACCCAGCUGGAGAAGCACCGGAUUUGGAACCACAUGGACCGACCCCUGCCUGCCCCCAAGCCUGGCUCAGUCAGCCGGCCCGUCACCAUCAGCCGACCUGUUGGGGUCAGCAAGCCCAUUGGAGUGAGCAAACCUGUCACUAUUGGCAAACCUGUGGGUGUCAGCAAACCUAUUGGCAUCAGCAAGCCAGUGACAGUCAACAGGCCUGUACCAGUCACCAAGCCAGUGACAGUCAGCAGACCUGUUCCGGUCACCAAGGCUGUCACGGUCAGCAGGCCUGUGCCGGUCACCAAACCCAUACCAGUCACCAAGUCUGUGCCGGUCACCAAACCUGUGCCAGUCACCAAGGCAGUGAGUCUCAACAAGCCAGUGUCAGUCACCAAAUCCGUGCCAGUGACCAAACCAGUGACCAUCAACAAACCGGUGCCGAUGACAAAACUUGUGACGGUUACGAAACCCGUGCCAGUCACUAAGCCGGUGACGGUCAGCAGGCCCAUUGUGGUCAGUAAGCCAGUGACGGUCAGCAGGCCCAUUGCCAUCAGCAGACACACACCACCUUGCAAAAUGGUGCUGCUGACCAAGUCUGAGAACAAAACUCCUCGUGCCACAGGGAGGAGCAGUGGUAAGAAAAGGGCUGCGGACAGCCUGGAUGCAUGUCCCAUCCUGCCAAAGCAGGCGAGGCCGGAGAACAGGGAGUAUGGGCCGUCCACCACGGGCCACACCUCGGCCUUCCAGCUGAGCACAGACCCCGGCAGCAGCCCCCUUUCUCUGGGAAGCAGGCCCUUGGGGAGCAAGGAGGCACCGAGGGCCACCGGCCCUGUGUCCCCCCCUGAGGAGGGAGCGGAGCGCACAAAGCACAGAAGGAAACAGAAAACACCCAAGAAGUUUACAGGGGAGCAGCCGUCCAUCUCAGGGACCUUCGGACUCAAAGGCCUCACCAAGGCAGAGGACAAAUCCCGCGUGCACCGUGCCAAGAAGCAGGAGGGGCCAGGCCCCGAGGACGUGCGGAAGAAGGUGCUGGCUCCUGCUAGCACGGUCAGCAAGGAAGUGCCGGCCCCCACGGCCCACCCAGCUCCAGGUGGCCCUGAGGAGCAGUGGCAGCGGGCCAUCCAUGAACGGGGCGAGGCUGUCUGCCCCACCUGCAGUGUGGUCACCCGAAAGACCCUCGUGGGGCUUAAGAAGCACAUGGAGGUGUGUCAGAAGCUGCAGGAUGCUCUCAAGUGCCAGCACUGCCGGAAACAGUUCAAAUCCAAGGCCGGCCUCAACUACCACACCAUGGCUGAGCAUAGCGCCAAGCCCUCUGACGCUGAGGCCUCGGAGGGGAGUGAGCAGGAGGAACGGGAGCGGCUGCGCAAGGUGCUGAAGCAGAUGGGGCGGCUGCGGUGCCCCCAGGAGGGCUGCGGGGCCGCCUUCUCCAGCCUCAUGGGCUACCAGUACCACCAGCGGCGCUGUGGGAAGCCUCCCUGUGAGGUGGACAGCCCCUCGUUUCCUUGCACCCACUGUGGAAAGACCUACCGCUCCAAGGCUGGACACGAUUACCACAUGCGCUCGGAGCACGCAGCCCCGCCACCUGAGGAGGCUGAAGAGAAGCCCCCUGAAAAGGAGGACCUCUUGGGUGUCGAGCGGACCCCGAGUGGCCGCAUCCGCCGCACAUCAGCCCAGGUUGCCGUGUUCCACCUGCAAGAGAUUGCAGAGGACGAACUGGCUCGAGAUUGGACCAAGCGGCGGGUGAAGGAUGACUUGGUACCGGAGACUGCCCGGCUCAAUUACACUCGGCCAGGCCUCCCCACACUUAACCCCCAGUUGCUGGAGGCGUGGAAGAACGAAGUCAAGGAGAAAGGCCAUGUCAACUGCCCCAAUGACUGCUGUGAAGCCAUCUACUCCAGUGUGUCUGGCCUUAAGGCCCAUCUCGCCAGCUGCAGCAAGGGAGACCACCUGGUGGGGAAGUAUUGCUGUCUGCUGUGUCCGAAGGAGUUUAGCUCUGAGAGUGGCGUCAAGUAUCACAUCCUCAAGACCCAUGCAGAGAACUGGUUCCGUACUUCAGCCGACCCACUUCCCAAACAAAGGAGCCAGGACUCACUGGCACCCAAGAAGGAGGAGAAGAAGAGUCUGGCAGGUGGGAAGAAGCGAGGCCGAAAACCCAAGGAGCGGACCCCGGAGGAGCCCGCACCGAAGAUGCCCCCACGUCGGGACGACUGGCCCCCAGGAGGCAGAGACAAAGGGGCCCGGGGCUCCACUGGCCGGAAAGUGGGAGCCAGCAAGGCUCCCGAGAAGUGAGCAUAGUGGCUGGCAGGUGGGUGGGGCCUGGUCCCCACACUGGACACCAAGCCCACUCUGUUCAGGGUGGGGGUAGCUAGCUCCAGCACCCCCUGCCCUCCAGUUCUCCAUCCCCCCCUGCCUAUUCAUCUGUCCAGCGGAGGCAGCCAGUCCCUCUCUCCUUCAUGAUGGUGGCCCUUCCCCUGUGCAGGCUGCACAGGACGCACCUGGGCUGGUUCUCUGGGGGGAGGGCCCAUGGCAGCAACAGAAGUGCAAUAGCUUGGAGAGACAUUUAUGGACCUGUCGGAGUCUGGGACCCUGGAUGGGCAGGAGGAGGGUCUGUGGCUUAGGCCUCAGUGCCACGGGGCAGCGCAAGGCAGGCGGAUGGCCUUCACCAUGCGAGCUCCAUGCCCCAUCUGCUUUCUCAGGCCCAAGGCUUUGGGGUCCCCGGUGACCCAUGGUUCUGGGCUGAUGAGGGCACCUGAGCAGCCUCACCUUUCUACCCAACACUGGACCCCAGCACCCCCAGCUACCUCCCAGGACAGACCCCGAGUCUGACUGCUGCCACGCUGACCGGACAGCCAGCCCUGCCAUGGCCUCCCUCGUCCUUCCACAUCUGGCUCCUCUGCUUCUGUUCUCUACCUCUCCAGGCCCACCCUCCCCUGCCUGUGUGACACCCCCCCCCCUUGCUACACACUUGGGCCCCCUGCCCCACUGGCCCCUGUCUGUCACAGUGGGUGGAGGUGGCCCUGUUAACAGAGGGGUCUCCUGCCAUCCCAUCUUCACGGGUGCUCCCUGCCUGGGGCAAGGGGAGGGUUCUGCUCUCACCUGCAGGGCUGCAGGGGCGGAAGGGGGCCACAUGGAGCAUAGCUUUGCCUCCAAUCUCCAGCUUUGCUAAUACCACUCCUCUAGGUUGGGGCAGCCCAGUGGGUUAGGGAUGGGCCAGUCUGGGCUCUAGGGUCAAUCUGGGGCUCACGGGCAUGUGGGGCACGGAACUGGGGCCCAGCUCUGGGGAGUAAUCCCUGUGGGAACCAGCCUUCUGUGUGCUGGUCUGGGUUGGCCUGUGGCUAAGCUCCCAUGGGAGUCUCCUUUCCCCAUUUUUUACCUGCCCUUUUGUUUCUGGUUGAGUGGUCUUUUGAUAUGAGAGCUGAAGGCCAGGAGGGAGCUUGGCCAAGGUCAUGUGUUGGUGGCGGCUCAGCACUGGCCCCCUUUGGGGCCCAGAGGAUGGCUAGGUCUGCAGGUUGACCAGGCUUCAGGCUGGAGUCCAGGGCACCCAGAGGAGGUGGCCAGACUGCCUCUGGCCUCUUCCCUGGGCCCCACUUUCCAACUUCGGGAGUGUAGGGAGGAGGAGGGUACUCAGAGCCACUGGGUUUGGACAGAGGUUAUUUCCCACUGGGGGGUAGGGGUGGGCUGAGGGCUCGGCCUUGCCGAUCCUGGAUGAUGUGAAUUUUGAUAUUUGCCCGUGUGCGUGUGUCCUGGGUGUAGUGGAUGCCAGUCUUGUUGCUGUGACAAGUAACAACCUUUUUUUUAAUUCUGUUUUUUAUACAAAAACAACAAUCUGACAUUUUGGUGCUAAGGGUUUCCUGGUGCCGACGGUGGAUCUAGGGGCUGAGGGGGUGUCUCUCCCCUGCUCAGGGAGGCAGUGCUGACUGGGCACCUCUGCCCCUCAGCUCCCGUCCUCAUUUAGUCCCAGGAGAGGAGGGGCCCCAAGCCUGGCUCGACUCUCGUAGCCCUGAGGUAGGGAGACAGGUUCCAGGGAGGCUUUGGGGCUGGUCAUGCUGCCCGUCUCCAGUUUCCUUCCUUUGGCUCGAAGGCUCUUGAGGGGUGGAGGGGGUUAGAGACCUGGACUACCCCCACUCACACACCUUGAUUUGAUCAAAGACUGGAGUCAUGGACAGAUGGAUGUGAUCCAGUGUCAAAAGUCAAGGGAGGGCGGCACGGGCAGAAAGAUUUGUCUGUGUUCCUGGGGGUCACUAUGGUAAUACAGCUGGUGGAGGCAGAGGUGGGGUCAGGCAGCCACUGCGGGGGGCAGCUUUGGGUAGGGAGGGGAUGCAGGUGCUGGCAGGAGCCCCAGGUGCAUUUGUCCUUGUCACCAAUGGCUGGAGGAGGUUGGACCUCAACACCUCUGCUGGGGACGGCCACCCGCCCCAGCCUCUCAGGUACUUGGCCCUUGGGGAGUGGGGGGCUGGGUUUUUGCUGGGGGGUGAAUUUCCAGGUCACCCCCUGAAGUCCACAGAUGGUCCCUGGUUUGGGAACCCCACCUAGAUGUGUGGGAAGACGUGGGGUCCUGGAUAACUUGAUGUUUAGCACUUUAACCCCCUUCUUUGUCUUUAAAGUGGGUGUGGGGGGCUGCUGCCAAAAGUGACUGUUGGGCCGGACCCCUCUCUCCCUUCUUCCCUUCCUGCUUCCCGUGUUCUGGUGAAUGGCAGUGGUGAGCGGGUGGGCAGAGCCCUCCUCCAGAGGGGGCAGAGCCCUGGGUGGCUCAGCGGGAUCUGCCCACCUCCCACCCUGGUGGGAAUUCAGCCAGGUUACCGCCUGGCCUUGAUUGACACCUUCAGUGAGAGGGACUGGAGUGGCAGACCCCCAGGGCAUGGUGGGCAUGAACCCUGCCCAAGACCCAAGCCCAGGGCACAAUGCCAGGUCCCUCUCUGAAGAUCUACCUCUGGCCCAGCCCACCCACCUGUGCCCUGAGAACAGGAAAGGGCCGACUCAAGGGGCUGAUACUUCACACAAAAAUAGGAUCCACUUUGUGCAAAAGCAGACGAGGGUGUAUCCUGGUGUGAGGUGAUCAGUGGCCCUUCCAAUGGUAGCCCCCCUCCUGGCCCUCUGGUUCAAAAGGGAGAGAAUGGGUGCACCGAGACCCACGGAGGGCAGGGCUGCCCCUGUGUCCGGUUCGACGGGCCCCAGGUGGCUUGCCCUGGAGGCCUGGGGUUCGUGGAGGGCCGGCCAGUACCUCUGGCCUGGCAGCCACACAACCUGUGCUUUGGGUUUCUUGGUUUGGGUUUUUUAAUGCCAGUUCUCCGUACAUAAGUGCAUUUCGGAAGAGAGGUUCCAGCUAUCACUUGUAACCGUAUAUAUACAUAUAUAUUCUAUCUACAAAGUGUUUAUUUGCAAGAAGUUUUGACGGUGAGCUCGGGCCCUGCCCGCCUUGUGACCAUCUGUCCCCAGUCCUCGUCCCCGGCCCCCGGCCCCAGGUGGCGCGGGGGUGGGCCAUCAACUGUAUGUAUUAAAUAUGACUGUAUCAAAUAAAUGUUUAUUGAUUUUUUUCCA